CUGUCGGGGGCGCACCAGGAGCUGGCCAGGGUGCACCGAGGCCUGCUGUCGGGCGACGCCGAGCUUGGUCUGGCGAGUGUGGUGGUGACGGAGGAGCUGAAGACGGCCAUGGCGGCGGCGGGGGUGCGCACGCGGGGCGUCAACAUGGACCGGGAGCACCAGCGGCGGCUCAACAUGUGGGAGGCGGUCCUCAUGCGCGCACACCACCAGCAGCAGCAGCAGGGAGGGGAGGAGGAGCGGGAGCAGCAGCGGGCGGCAGGGCUGCAGGCUGCUGCUGGCGGGGGAGGAGCAGACGUUGGAGCGGGCGAGGAGAGCGACGGGGAGCUGUCGGACUUUGGGCCGGAUGAGGAGUGGAUGCUGACCGAGAUGUUUGUCAGCCCUCCUGCUGCUGCGCCGGCUAAGCAACGCCAGGCCCAGGCCGCUGCAGCCGCCCCCGCUGCUGCAGCCGCAGUGCCCGCAGCCCGGCCCGCCGACAGCGACGAGACGCAGCCUCCCAGCCUCAGCUGUGUGGGCUGCUCCCUCGCCACCUCGCACCCGGGCUCGCCAACCUCGGG